UGAUUGGAAUGCAACAAAGGCAAGAAAAAAUUUUCGCUAGCACAACAGAUUGUAAAAUAAGCAAAUUUUCACCGUAGAAAAGUAAUACGGUAAUAAAAAACUCCAAAUUGGGUAAAAAAAACGACAUGGCCGCGGUGGAGUCCAAUUUACCGGAGCAACUGGAUAAUGAGGAGGUGCGUGAAAUACUCAAGAACACCACAGAUCUGCGACAGUAUUCACGUCAAAUUGAGAAGGAGUUCAAAGAUGUGGAAAACAAAUCUAUUGAAGACUACAUUGCAGAAUCUCAAAAUAUAGCUAGUCUUCAUAAUCAAAUCGGUGAAUGUGAUGAUGUGCUGGAGCGUAUGGAAAACAUGUUAAUGAAUUUCCAAAGUGUGCUUAGUAAUAUAAGUACCGAGAUUACGCAGCUGCAAAAGAAGUCUGUAGCCAUGUCGGUGCAACUAACAAAUCGGCAGUCGGUGAAAGCGCAGCUAUCGCAAUUCAUUGAAGAUAUGGCGGUGUCGGAAGAGAUGAUUGCGAUUAUUAUGGAAACGCCGGUGACGGAAAAAGACUUUGGCACACAAUUGAAUGUGCUGAAUCAUAAAUUGUCAUUGGUGAAAGAGCUGAGUUUCAAAGAGUCCAAAGCGACAGGAGAUGUCAGUGAAGUGUUGCAUAAAUUGCGCUUGAAAGCUAUGUCGAAAAUUAGAACAUACCUGCUGGAACAGAUUUACAAAUUCCGCAAACCGAUGACAAAUUACCAAAUACCACAAAAUGCAAUGCUAAAACAUAAAUUCUUUUUCGAAUUUAUUUUGUCCAAUGAGCGACAAGUAGCACAAGAAAUUUGUAGUGAAUACAUCGAUACGAUGAGCAAAAUCUACUACAGCUACUUUAAGAGCUAUUCAUCCCGUUUGUCAAACUUAAAAUUUGAAGAGUCCUGCACAAAAGAUGAUCUUAUGGGUAUUGAAGAUAAUGUUUCGAAGGGAUUAUUUGCUAAAACCACAAGUUUGAAACACAAGACCUCAAUUUUUACAAUUGGCACGCGCGGUGAGAUACUAAAUCAACAACUGGAAGCACCCAUAAUAGUACCGCAUGCGCAGUUAAAGAACAGAUACACCUUUGAGGCGCUUUUCCGUUCUGAACAAUAUGCUCUGGUAGAUAAUGCCUGCCGCGAAUAUUUGUUUGUUACCGAAUUCUUUAUGGUGCGCAGCACACAGGCGCAAGAUCUAUUCAAUCAAAUAAUGGGCAAGACACUCACGCUAAUGAUUAAAAAUCUGGAGACCAGUGUUCAGGACUGCUUUGAUACGAUUGCUAUGUUUCUCUGCAUACAACUAAUUUUUGGUUAUCAACUUAUGUGCCACAAACGCUGCGUACCCGCGCUCGAUAAGUAUUGGGACUCAUUGCAGGCUGUCAUUUGGCCCCGCUUUGAUCAUGUUUUCCGCUUAAAUAUACAAAGCAUACGUGAAUGUGAUCCUACAAAGUUCAACAAAGAAAUGGGUCCACACUAUAUCACACGCCGUUAUGCCGAAUUUUCCGCCGCUAUUGUAGGCAUUUCUGAACAUUUCCCCAACGAGCUUGUUAGCCGUUUACUACUCGAAUUACAAGAUGAAGUUGAAUGUUUCAUUUUACGCAUGGCGGCUAUUUUCGCUACGCGUAAAGAACAAUUAAUAUACCUAAUAAACAACUAUGAUUUGGUAUUAGGCGUGCUAAUGGAACACACACGCGACAACUCUAAGGAGGCUGAAUCAUUCCGUGAACAGCUGAAUGCACGCAGCGCUGAAUAUGUGGAAGAAAUUUUAGCGCCUCACGUUGGUGGCAUUAUACAAUUCGUCAAUUAAUGCGAACAUUUCUUUGAAAAAGAACAAAUGGAUGAACUACGGAAACAAGAGAGACGUAGCCUUGCGCUUGUCGCUAGCUUUUCGGCAAAUUGGAAGAAAUCGCUCGAAGAAUUGAACCGCGAAGUAUUGCUCUCUUUUCCGUCACUACUUACUGGCUCACAGCUAUUGCAGCUUGCAUUGGCAAGUCUAGUGCAAUACUAUCACCGGUUCCACAAGUUAUUAACGCCCAAUGCGCGUGCGCAGCUAACAAACAUACAUGUUGUAAUGGUGGAAAUCAAAAAAUAUAAAAGUAAUUAUUAAUUUAUUUACCGCACAUCAAUACAAAGGUGUCUGAAGAUGGUGAAAUCUAAUAAAACAUAGUUAAUGCAAUA